AUGAAAAGAAUUUCGCCGCAAAGGGUCGAUGCAAGACAUUUCGACAUGGAGGCAAUGCUUAUCUACGGAAAGCACAAAAUCAACGUCAAGCCUGUCUGCGCUUUUAAGGCCAGUGCACACAAGGCGAAGGCGCCCGGGGAGACUCUGAAUACAGUUGGGGAUCAGCGGACCUCGGCAUACACCACCAACCGGGCUUGCAGACCGUUCCGGGCAACAAAGUCAACUCAGAAGGAUUGUCAGUCGUGGAUUGUAGAGACCGCCGGCUACCUUGUCCAAAACGGUAUAUCCAGUUCCGAGAUCGCUGUUUAUCUUUUGGCAAUUCAACAGUAA